AUGGUUAGUCCAAAACCGGAGAGCAAGGAAAUGGUGCCGUGCGAUUUCUGCAAUGAGCAAAUAGCGGUUCUCUACUGCCGAGCUGACUCGGCUAAGCUCUGUUUAUUCUGCGACCAGCACGUGCACUCCGCGAACCUGCUCUCUCGCAAGCACCUGCGGUCCCAGAUCUGUGAUAAUUGUAGCACCGAGCCGGUUUCCGUCCGCUGCGCCACGGAUAAUUUGGUGCUUUGUCAAGAGUGUGAUUGGGACGCGCACGGUAGUUGCUCUGUGUCCUCCGCACACGAUCGCAACCCGGUGGAAGGGUUUUCUGGUUGUCCGUCGGCUCUGGAGCUGGCUUCGGCUUGGGGAUUCGAUCUCGAAGAGAAGAAACCGUUGGCUAAGAGCUGGAACGGGUGUCACCAAGAUCUGAUGAUGCCAGCGAUGGAGUCGUGGCUUUACAAAUCGAGCUUGCAAGAGAUGAUGGUACCUUACGAGUGUUUUACCUGCGAGGAGACGGUGAAGAAGCAGAGUCACGGGAGUGGGAAGUGCAAGCAAAUCAUUUUUAAGCAGCUUGUGGAGUUGAUGAAAAGAGAUUUCAUGGCCGGCAAUGUUGCCGACGGUGGCCGCGGAGCUGGAGAGAAUUUGGUGCCGUAUGUGGAAGCAAAAGGCAGCGGUUUGGCUCGACAAGAGUUUAUACAGCCGCAGCCGCAGCCGCAGCCGCAGCCGCAAACGCAAACGCCGUUUACUUCUUUGCUUAUGAUGCAAACGCGAGAGAGCGAACGCACUGUGGAUGGAGGAGAUGUGUUGUGGAAUGGUAAUCCAAAUAAUCAAACUCCGCAGAUAUGGGAUUUUAAUCUGGGGCGGUUGAGGGGUCACGAAGAGUGUAGCCAAUUGGAAGACGUUGGGUACGGGGGCAGUGAUGCAGGGUUCAUGAUUAAGAAUUUCGGUGAACUUAUGAAAGAGACGUCUUUGUCUAAUGCUAAGAUGUUGGGAGAUAUGUGCCACAUCAACUACACUCCUCCGCAGGACGAUAUGGCUUCAAUCAAUAACUCAAGUAAUCUAGCAGCAAGUCAGGGACCAGCCACAUCUGAGAGCAACAACCUACCAAUAGCAAGGCCAUCAUCAGUUUCAGCUUUUGGUAAACCCAAAGGCUCUAGCAGUUCUAAAGAUGUUCACUUCAUUGAGCAUCCAAUCCUCAUGAGGGGUGACCAAGUAAGGCAGUCAGCACCUAGCAAGGCUGAUCUUGAGUUGCUAACACAGAACAGAGGCAAUGCUAUGCAACGCUACAAGGAGAAGAAGAAAACACGAAGAUAUGAUAAACAUAUACGCUAUGAAUCAAGGAAGGCAAGAGCAGAUACUAGGAAGCGAGUGAAAGGUCGAUUUGUGAAGGCUACUGAAGCUCCUGAUCGUUAAGAGGGGGCAGAGGCGUUGGUGAAGGAUGUUUGGGCUGUGUCUUGGUGCGCCUUGAGCCUUGAGGACUGGCCACAGUGAAGUGGCCUGAAGCACAGUAAGGGCCUGACUCAUUUCUAAAUAAAAAGUAAAUAACAAAAAUCAGUAGUUAUAUUCUAUGGAGUUAUUUUUUAAGAUAAUACUUGAAAAUAACAGAAAUUCAGUGUGCACUA